AUGUUUGAACUCGCUGAUGAUUCGGUCUUCAUCAAGUUUGAACAGGACGAACUCCAGAAUCCUUCUCCGAGGAAAGAGUUAGAUGGGAGAGCAAUUUAUUUAUCCAGGGACCUCGAAAUGAUCCCUGGGAAACUAGGCGCCCCCGUUCUAUGUGACUUUGGCUCGGCUAUGUUGGGUGGUGUAGAACAUCUAGAAGAUGUACAGCCUGAUAUCUACCGAGCGCCAGAGGCGCGUUUAACCUUGUUGCAGAUCUGGAACAUCUUCGAAGGGGGUUCGUUAUUCACAGGCCAUGACCCUGAAUUCCAAAAAUACCGGAGUAGGGCGCAUCUGGCGGAGAUGAUAAAUCUCCUUGGCCCUCCCCAACCCGGCCUUCUUGCCCGGGGCAAGCAAGGUCACAAGUUCUUCUCAGACACGGGCGAAUUUCAUGAGCCAACUUUGUUGCAAGAUCUCACUCCGCUCGAGCAGAGGGAAACAACCCUUGAAGGCGAGGAUAAGGAGAGCUUUUUACGUAUGAUGCGAAGGAUGUUGCAGUGGGAGCCGGAGAAGCGUAGCUCUGCAAAAGAGUUUGCGGAGGAUGAGUGGAUUUUGAAGCAAAUCGGCCUAUAA